GAAGCCAGCGGGUGACUUCCCGGACCUGUCCUGUUCUUGCGAGAUCAGGGUUGAGUGGGCUGCUUGCGCAGUUAUCGCGAGAUGAGGGUCUGUUCCGCGGCACGCGUUAGCCUAGUAGUCCCGCCAGGGUCUCCGCGUCUAAGCUUGCAGGCCUAGAAGGCGGCGGUGUCCCGGUCGCUCGCGCGUGCGCCAUGGGCAAGGCCAGGACGGCCGGGUCUCGGAGGCAGGCCUGCAGGGCGCUGGCGAAGGCCAACCCUAACCCUUUCGAGGUGAAAGUCAACAGGCAGAAGUUCCAGAUCUUGGGGAGGAAGACGCGCCACGACGUGGGUCUGCCCGGCGUGUCACGCGCGCGGGCCAUCAGGAAGCGUACCCAGACUUUACUGAAGGAAUACAGAGAAAGGGAUAAGUCCAAUGUAUUUAAAGACAAGCGCUUUGGGGAGUACAACAGCAACAUGAGCCCAGAGGAGAAGAUGAUGAAGAGGUUCGCUUUGGAACAGCAGCGACAUCAUGAGAAAAAGAACAUCUACAACCUGAACGAAGAUGAAGAGCUGACACACUAUGGCCAGUCUCUGGCUGACAUCGAGAAGCACAAUGAUGUCGUGGGUAGUGACAGUGACACUGAAGAGCGAGGAGCCUUGUCUGCUGAACUGACGGCUGCCCACUUUGGAGGUGGUGGUGGGCUCCUUCAGAAGUCUGCCCUGCAGGAAGAGGGAGACAAGCCGAAGUCACGAAAGGAGCUGAUUGAAGAGCUCAUUGCAAAGUCUAAGCAAGAGAAGAGGGAGAGGCAGGCUCAACGGGAGGAUGCCCUUGAGCUCACGGAGAAACUGGACCAGGACUGGAAAGAAAUCCAGACUCUUCUGUCACACAAAACUCCCAAGGCCGAGAGUGGAGAGGAAAGGGAGAAGCAGAAGCCCAAGCCUGACGCAUACGAUGUGAUGGUGCGUGAGCUUGGCUUCGAGAUGAAGGCACAGCCCUCGAACAGGAUGAAGACAGAAGCAGAACUGGCAAGGGAGGAGCAGGAGCGGCUCAGGAAGCUGGAGGCUGAAAGACUGCGAAGGAUGCUUGGAAAGGAUGAAGGAGCAAAGAAACCAAAACACAUGUCAGCAGAUGACCUGAGUGACGGCUUCAUUCUGGACAAAGAUGACAGGCGUUUGCUUUCUUACAAAGAUGGAAAGAUGAACAUCGAGGAAGAUACUGGGCAAGAGCAAAGCAAGGAAACGGAGAGCCAGGAGAAGGAGGAAGAAGAGGGGGAUGAAGAUGAGGAGGCGGAGGGUGGAGAGGAGAGUAGCGAGGGAGGGGGCAGAGUGGGUAGCAGCGACACAGACAGCCACUCUGACCUGGACUCAAGCAUGGGGAGCGGGGAGGAUGAUGAGCCAGCGCAGCAGCCGCAGCAGCAGCAGGCCCCUGGCAGGAGACCCAAGGGUGACGACCAGAGAGCUUGCAAAGCUGCUGGCCGUGAACUGCCCUACACCUUCACAGCACCUGAGUCCUAUGAGGAGCUGAGGUCAUGGCUGGUGGGAAGAUCAGUGGACGAACAGCUCUUGGUGGUGGAGAGAAUUCAGAAGUGCAGCCAUCCAAGUCUUGCUGUGGGGAACAAAGCGAAACUAGAAAAGCUGUUUGGCUUCCUUUUGGAAUAUGUUGGAGAUUUGGCCACAAGAGAUCCACCGGACCUGGAAGUAAUUGAUAAGUUGGUCGUGCAGCUGUAUAGCCUCUGCCAGAUGUUUCCUGAGUCCGCAAGCAGCUCCAUACGGUUUGUUCUCCGAGAUGCCAUGCAUGAAAUGGAGGAGAUGAUCGAGACCAGGGGUCGGGCUCCGUUUCCUGGAUUAGAUGUGCUCAUUUAUUUGAAAAUUGCCGGGCUGUUGUUUCCAACCUCCGACUUCUGGCACCCUGUUGUGACCCCAGCCCUGGUGUGCAUGAGCCAGAUCCUCACCAAGUGCCCCGUGCUGUCCCUGCAGGACGUGGUGAAAGGCCUGUUCGUGUGUGGCCUCUUCCUGGACUAUGUGUCUCUGUCUCGGAGGUUCGUCCCUGAGCUCAUGAACUUCCUUGUUGGGAUUCUUUACAUCGCAGCUCCAAACAAGCAAAGCCUCAGUUCCACUCUGGUGCACCCUUUCAGAGCACUUGGGAAGAACUCUGAAUUGCUGUUGGUCUCUGACAAAGACGAUGUGGCCACAUGGCAGAGGGGAAGCCUCCCGUUACGGUGGGCGAGCCAGCGAAGUGUCCCCAGCACGGCUGAGGCCAACCACAUGAGACUGUCCUGCCUGGCUGCGGCGCUGGCACUGCUGCGACGCUGCGUGGUCACGUACGGUGCGCUGCCGUCCUUCCACACCAUCGUCAGGCCCCUCCAGGCACUCCUGAAGGAGCAGCAGGCAGAGCGCAGCCACCCCCCCGAGCUGCAGGAGCUAUCUCAGAGCAUACUGAACGAUAUGGAAAACCAAAAGCAGCUCUACCGGCCACUGAUCUGUGAGAAAAGCAAGCCCGUCCCCCUGAAGCUGUUCACUCCCCGGCUGGUCAAAGUCCUCGAGUUUGGAAGGAAACAAGGCAGCACCAAGGAAGAGCAGGAGAGGAAGCGGUUGAUCCACAAACACAAGCGGGAGUUUAAAGGCGCUGUCCGGGAGAUCCGAAAGGACAACCAGUUCUUGGCCAGGAUGCAGCUCUCUGAGAUCAUGGAACGGGAUGCUGAAAGAAAACGAAAAGUAAAGCAGCUCUUUAACAGCCUGGCUACACAGGAAGGUGAAUGGAAGGCUUUAAAGAGGAAAAAGUUCAAAAAGUAAAUAAACGUUUUGUAAAUGAG